AUGUUUUGGAAUAAAAAUGGAGCAACAACUGAAUCAGUUGUCAAUGAUUAUUUGACAUGGCGUUUAAAGAAUAAAUCAUCAUCAUCAACAACUAAUCGAUUGUUUACUAUUGUUCAUAAAAUUGGUUCUGAUUGUGAACGAAUCUAUACUCCUCAACAGUCUAUAUUUUAUUUUCAAUAUGUUCCAUCAUUUUCAUUAAACAAUUGUCCCUCGGCUCGGAAUAUAACAACAAGACAACAAUGUGAAACAACGUCCGAUCAUCAUUGGAAAAAUCAACAAUAUAAUUUUGACAAUUUAGGUCACGCAUUAUUAGCUCUAUUUGUUUUAUCGUCACGAGAUGGUUGGGUACAAAUAAUGUAUAAUGGGAUUGAUGCUGUUGAUAUUGAUAUGCAACCAAUAAGAAACUAUAGUGAAGUUAAAUUAGUUUAUUUUAUUUCAUUUUUAUUACUUGUUGGCUUUUUCGUAUUGAACAUGUUUGUUGGUGUAGUUGUGGAAAAUUUUCAUAUAUGUCGUGCUAAACAAGAACGCGAAGAAAAAGCAAAACGUACAGCUAAACGAGCCAAAAAACUAGAACGUCAACGGCGUCGUAUGCGUGAAGUACCAUAUUAUGCAGAUUUUUCGCCAUCGAGAAGACGUUUACAUAAUCUAUGCAGUAGUAAAUAUUUUGAUUUAACUAUUGCAGCUGUUAUUGGUCUUAAUGUUAUUACAAUGUCAUUUAAAUUUUAUUUCAUGCCACCGGCUUUUGAUAUGACUCUUGAUUAUUGCAAUUAUGUAUUUACAAGUGUAUUUACAAUUGAAUUAAUAUCAAAGAUUAUUGCUCUAGGACCAUUUCGAUAUUUUAAAGACAAAUGGAACCGACUUGAUAUCGUCAUUGUUGUUUUAUCGAUAGUUGGUAUUGCGUUGGAAAAAAUGAAUAAUGGACAUAUAUGGCCUAUCAAUCCAACUCUUAUACGUGUUAUGAGAGUAUUAAGAAUCGCACGAGCUCUAAAAUUAGUGAAAAUGGCGAAAGGUAUUCGAUCUUUAUUAGAUACAGUUAUUCAAGCACUUCCACAAGUUGGAAACUUGGGUCUUUUAUUUUUUCUUCUUUUCUUCAUCUUUGCUGCACUUGGCGUUGAAUUAUUUAGCAAAUUAGAAUGUAGUGACGAACGCCCAUGUAGUGGACUCGAUAAACAUGCGCAUUUUAAAGAUUUUGGUAUGGCAUUUUUAACACUAUUUCGUAUUGCAACUGGUGAUAAUUGGAAUGGGAUUAUGAAAGAAUCUAAUCAAAUGAUGGCUGAUGAUACUGAACUAGAUGAAGAAAUCGAACGGCACUUAGAAGCUGACGCAUGUGAUUGUCAUUAUUUUGAACAACCACUACUUGAUCAGAAAGAUUUCGAUGCAAAUUUCAUUCUAUUUCUGAAUGAGAGUGACAUACAUUUUUUUCCAUUAACAAAACAGUUAUCUGUACCACCCAAUUUUACGUAUAAUUCUUUGAAUUCAUUAUUAGAAAAUUUGGACAAAGGUACAACAUUUAAUGAUUUAUCAAUAUCAUUGAUUGACAAUUCACCAUCUUGUAUUCUGCCAUCAAGAGUAGAUAAAACAAAUUUUUCAAAUAACGUCGAAGAAAAUGGUUCAUUAACUACUCAAAUAAGUUCCGAAACCUUGAACAAAACAACAGCAAUUAUUUUUCAUCAUCAUUCGAAUUCCGCUCCAAGACAUGGUCAAAAAAACGAUAUUACCAAACAAAACAUAAAUCUUUCAUCAGAAAACAAGCAAAUUGAAAAUAAAACUCGAUCAUUGUCUACAUCAUCGUUACGAAUUCAUUCAGAAGGCCAUCAAAAUCUUACCGAUGAUAAUGUUGGCCAAUCCGUAUCACGUAAUAUCAUCAAGCAUGAUAAAUCGAGUAAACAUAAAAAAUAUGAAUUCCGUCCAAAUUUGAAUUUAUAUGACAAAUAA